AUGGAGUCUGGUCCCCAUCGCUCUCAUCAUUGUUUUGAUAUUCUUGAAGGAAUGCCACCACAGGACAAUCAUUUCAACUCAUCAUUUCUGCAAAACCCUAACUUACACGUCCACUUUCAGUCCAUAUCACCAAACUUGUCGACCCGCAGCAACAACAACCGCUCUCACUUAGACCCAAAUGGAGAACCCUUUUCCCACAGAGAGGGUCUUGAUCCAGACGAAAGAAAAGAAAGACGAAUGAUGUCUAACAGAGAAUCUGCAAGAAGGUCGCGUAUGCGAAAGAAGAAGCAGAUAGAAGAGCUGCAUCAACAAGCUGAGCAGCUCAUGUUUUUGCAUCAUCACUUAUCUGAGAAAGUCAUUAAUUUGUUGGAAAGUAACCACCAGAUCCUACAAGAGAACUCAGAGCUGAAGGAGAAAAUCAACUCUUUUCACUUGCUCAUGGCAGAAAUGUCCAUACCCAAUAAUGACCACAACGUGAAUCAUCUGAGAGGAGAGACAUCUUACCGGACCAACACUUUCUUUGGUAGGUAA